AUGGAGACUACAGAGACUACCACUGAGCACAUCCGUGCCUUGCACAACCCGUUUUCCACACCACCACAAUUCGCGACUCCAAUUGGGUCCAUUCGGUCGCGAAGACCUGACUCUGCUGACAAUGGCCACCCCGUACCCCCGGCUCGUCCUCGCAGGCGCUUCCGAAGUUCGCGACUGACCGGUGAAUUCGAAAAGCCUUGGCUGGAGGAUGGAAAAAGAAAACCAAAUUGGGACAGCAUUAUUUUCUACACCUGCUGUACUAUUGCCCUCUGUGUUUCGGGCUAUAUUUGUUGGUCUGAGUAUGAGAAGGUUCCCAGACAUGAUUGGUGCAUGAUUUUAGAUGAAGACUUUAAAACUUUGGACACCGCCGUCUGGAACCACGAGGUCCAGCUUAAUGGCUUCGGAACGGGUUCCUUUGACUGGACCACCACCGACUCGGAGAAUUCCUACGUCGACGCCGAAGGCCUUCACAUCGUCCCAACCCUGACCCUCGAAAGCACCCAUUAUACUGAGGCGGAACUUCUCAAUAACACUGUUUUGAACUUGACUGCCGACGGUACUUGCACAUACUCCGAGCAGCGUGUGUCUACCCUUGCGGACUGGAGUGCAUGCGAGGUUAGAAGCAAUGAUACCUCCGGACAGAUCCUCAACCCGGUUCGUUCUGCUCGUCUCACGACCAAAGGAAAGAAGAGCAUAAAAUAUGGAAGAGUUGAGGUUGUUGCAAAACUAGCAAAGGGAGACUGGCUGUGGCCGGCUAUUUGGGUUCUGUCUACGGCGAGUGGCCGAAAAAGUGGUGAAAUUGACAUCAUUGAAGCACGGGGCAAUGAUGCGGAGACGUAUUCCCUUGGCAACAAUAUUGUUACUUCAACCCUUCACUGGGGCACCACUUACCUCAACGAUGCUUACCUCAAAAGUACUUCUGACUGGGGUGCGCAGCGAACCAAGUACAGUGAAGGCUAUCACACCUACGGGCUGGAAUGGACUGAGGACUAUAUGUUUACCUGGCUCGACGGUAGAUUGAGGCAAAUCCUCUACUUUGAUUUCACCAAAAACGAGAAUAUGUGGACCUAUGGUGACUUUGCCGGCAGUACUGUGAACAAGACUGUCCCCAGUGACCCAUGGAGCCAGACUGGUCGCAAGAAUACUCCAUUUGAUCAAGAGUUUUAUCUCAUUCUCAAUGUGGCUGUUGGUGGGACUAACAACUAUUUCCCGGAUCAAAUGGAUGGCAAACCCUGGGUUGAUGCGAGCAAAAGUGCUAUGAAAGAAUUCUACCUCGCCCAGAGCUCCUGGCUACCUUCAUGGGGGACCCCCGAAGAGCGCGGGAUGAUCGUGAAAUCAGUGAAGAUGUGGGAGCUUGGAGCUUGUGCAUGA